AUGGAAUCAUUGUCAUCACAUACGAUUCUACUGAUUCAACCCGUUGCACGUGUAGAGUCACGUACAUGGUCCGAUUAUGAAACAACUACCGAUUGUAUGGAAGGAAUAUGUAAAAUUUUUGAGGAACAUUUGAAGAAAUUAAAUCCAAAUUCGGCAUCCAUCACUUACGAUGUACAGAACUUGUUUGAAUUCAUCGACCGUUUAGCCGAUUUGUCCUGUUUAGUGUGGGAAAAUACAGUGAAAGCCUAUGCACCACACAACAAGGAUUGGAUCAAAGAACAAAUUUACAUCUUAUUACGAAGACAAGCGGCUAAGUAA